CCGCCACUCCUAUAAUUGCAUUAAAUAUCUCAUCAAUCCAACUAACUCCCAUCCCAUCCUAGCUAGCUUCUUAUAAUAUGAGCGACGAUCAUCUAUCAUCUUCGUCAAACUCCAUGGAUUCUAACAAAAAAGAGGAAGAAGAAGAAGCCUACAAAUUCCUGAAGAUUGUUCCCAACGCUGAUGGAUCCCUCACCAGGCUAGACGGCGUUCCCAUCUCACCCUCCAACCCAUCAGAUCCCCAAUUUCCACUCUCCAAAGACAUCCCUCUCAACCCCUCCUCCGCCACCUUCAUCCGCCUCUUCCGCCCCCCGCCGCCUACCUCCGAUUCAAAUUCCUCAUCUCCGACGACGUCCAAGCUCCCUCUGAUCAUCUACUUCCACGGCGGCGGCUUCGUACUUCUCAGCGUCGCGUCCAUUGUUUUCCACGAAUCCUGCAACAAAAUGGCGGCUCUGCUCCCCGCCGUCGUCGCAUCCGUCGAGUACCGUCUCGCCCCGGAGCACCGGCUCCCCGCCGCCUACGAGGACGCCGUGGAUGCUCUCGUGUGGGCACGAGAGCAGGCGGUGGCCGCCGCGAGCGGCGGGGACUGCGAUCCGUGGAUGGCUGAGCUGGUGGACUUCUCUAGAACUUUCCUGAUGGGGAGCAGCGCGGGGGGAAACAUCGUCUACCACGCGGCAUUGCGUGCGCUCGACACCGAUCUCUCUCCGGUGAAGAUCGAAGGGCUGAUAAUGAACCAGCCGUACUUCGGUGGGGUCCAGAGAAGCUAUUCGGAGAGAAGACUGGUCAACGAUAAGGUGCUCCCGUUGCACGCGAACGACCUGAUGUGGGCCCUCGCGUUGCCGAAGGGGGCGGAUCGUGACCACGGGUUUUCUAACCCGUUCACUGAUGGGCCCCAUCUGGGGGAGAAGAUCGGACGGCUGCCGAGGAGUUUGGUGAGAGGAUACGCGGGGGACCCACUGGUGGAUAGGCAGAAGGAGCUGGCGGAGUGGUUGAGGGUGCACGGGGUUAGGGUGGUGCCGCAGUUUCUGAAUACCGGGCAUCAUGGGGUGGAGGUGUUUGAUCCCAGGAGCGCCGAAGAUUUGUAUGUUGCCAUCCGGAAUUUCAUUUACUCCGAAUGAGUUUUUAUUGUACACUUUUGUACUAAAAGCUUCUAUUUUCAUCUGCCAAAAGCUUUUCUCUUAAUAAUGCCUGAAUAAAUGUUGAAAGUUGUGGAAAUAGAGUAUCAAUUGUCAUUACCUUUACGAACUGGAAAAAUAAUGAGUAUCAAUUGAUUUUUUUUUGAAAUACUACGUACAAUUGAAUAUUUUUCAUUCUGUAUAGAAACACUACCCUAAUUAUGGUCAUGUCGAAUGGGCGCUUAUUAUUGGUUUAGGUACAUAAGUAAGAAAGUAGGUAGGAGUAUUCUUAUUUCAUAAACUCAAAG